AUGGGGUUACCUUCAUCUAAAAGACGGGAAGUCAGAGCUGCUGCUCGUGAAGGGUUACGUAAACUACAAUCGUCCAGUGAUAAAAUCAAACCAGAAGAUUUGGACGUGGUCCAUGCUAUAACUACUGCCAAUCUUGCCGUUGGCGGUCAAAAUGCGAUACCAACUGAAGAAUCGGUAGCUCCUUCUGAUGCUACCAAACACAAAAAUGAUCACAGUGGAACCAGUGAAGAAGACGAUGAAGAAGAUGAUGAACACGGUCGUGAUUACCAACCUAGUGAAGGUGAAGACGAUGAAGAUGAUGUUUAUGAUGAUACGUUAGUUAAGAGCAGUAAAAGAACUGCACCUAUGGACACGUCUGUUCCAACAGAAGCUAAAAAGCCCAAGGCUUUACAAGAAGGGGAAGUAUACAUUCCACCCAAGCAAACCCGAACGAUUUUCAAAUUGGAUGAUCCAACUUCGUCUCGUUGUGAAUACUGUGGUAAGGAAUUUAGAAAUGUGAUUGAUAAGAGAAAUCACCGUAGAACGCAUUCCCAGCCCAAGAUUCAUGUCUGUUACUGUGGGAAACAAUUCAGUCAAAAACCAAAUUUGAUCAUUCAUCAAACGACCGUUCAUCGUGAUUUACAAUUGAAAGAAGCUAAAGAAUUGGAACAAGCCCAAGCUGCUGCUGAAGCUGCAACAGCCGCUGCUGCCGUAGUUGCCGCUGCUCAAGCACAAGCCCAAGCUGCUCAACAAGCAUCCCAUGAUCCUAAUGCUGUUAGUACUCAACAAUUCCCUGAUUUAAAACAAGUUCGUGUGCUCCACUGUGAUGGUCUCAACUGUACCAAGGGAUUCCUCACAUAUGAACAAUUACUCGAACACAAAAACCAAGAGCAUCCUGGCUCAAUUGACAUUGAAGCCACUACACCCACCAAGAAAUCGUACAAGAAACCAAAACUUGUUAAAUCACACCCAUGUCCUCAACCAGAUUGUGACAAGGCAUUCUCGAAAAAGUCUGACUUAACAAGACAUAUAAGAGUUCACACCGGUGAACGUCCGUACGUAUGUGAAUUCUGCCAUGCCAGUUUCAACCAAAGAUAUCGAUUGACCACACAUUUGAGAAUUCAUACCGGUGAAAAACCAUUCAGUUGUCAAUAUUGUGGCAAGACUUUUGCUAGAGGUGAUGCGGUGCAAUCUCAUGUUUUCUCGGUUCAUCGUGCCAAGGGAGAGGCUUUCUAA